GCAUGGCUGACCACCUGACUGAAGAGCAGAUUGCAGAAUUCAAAGCUUUUUCACUAUUUGGUAAGGAUGGGGAUGGAGCUGUAACACUAAAGGAACUGGGAACUGCACUGAGGCCUCUUGGGCAGAAUCCCACAGAAGCAGAGUUACAGAACAUGAUUAAUAGAGUGGAUGCUGAUGGUAAUGGCACAACUGACUUCCUGAAAUUCCUGACAAUGAUGGCAAGAAAAAGGAAGGACACAGUGAAGAAAUUAAGAGAAGCUUUCCGUGUGUUUGAUGAGGAUGGCAAUGGCUAUGUUAGUGCAGCAGCACAGCUUCACCAUGUGAUGACAAACCUUGGACAGAAGUUAACAGAUGAAGAAGUUGAUGAAAUGAUGGGGUGA